AUGGCGAGCCCCGACCAGGCUAUGCCGAAAGAAUGGAGCGAAAAGAUGUACAAGAUCAGAGAAUGGUUCGACGGCGAUGAAAACGUCAGAUUGGCACACAUCCAAACACCCCCGGGCUGUGAAAAAGACGCCCGGCUCAUCCAAUCCCUCCAGCAGAUGAUUGCGGCAAAAACGUCCGGACAAGAGUGCGACAACCACACGACAUCAUACAUGCUACGGAGCCGGGAGGAAGCCCAAAAAGUCGCGGACUGUUGGUCUAAGCAGCAGGACGACUCUUUACCGCAGAUUACAACUUACAAGGGGCUUCGAAGCGUCUUUCCAGGCCGUACUCUGGACUGCAAACACCUCCUUAUCAUCGACGUGGACGAGACACUCGGUUUCAACUACGCCCGAUUGGCAAUGGAAUUGUCGGAGUUGAUCUGCGACUGGUCAGAGAGUGCGAUCCUUCGAGUGGCGUGGAUAUCUCCAAACCCGAUCGACCAAAGCCUCAGCAAAAUGGUGUCCGUUUUCCUCGAUGCGGAUGAAGUCGACAUUGCUACAUUCCAACUUCCACAGCUCGAUGGCAAGCCGACAGCGGGCAGCUUCAAAUGGAAGGUGUACCGUGCCGACUACCAAAGAUUCUUGCAAGAAGCAGCAACGGUCAUAUCGCAAGAUUACGGCCUCCAAGACGACAAGGCGUCCAAUACCAAGUCGCCAUUCAAGAGAACAAGAACUGGUGUCUAUUAUGACGCCUUGGGCCCGACGAACUUGAGCCAUCGCCCAGACCCCUUCCACGAAAGGUUGACCAAGCUGGCGGUCAAGUCUUUCGUAGUACAAGGUGACGAAGAGCCCUUGGCCACUGAUACCGGUGCGGUAGUCAUGCUUCCCGCGUUCUCAACGUCCAAAUCAAGGCUUCCGGAUGGUGUACAACAUUUGGUGCUAUGCAAGGAAAGAGUUGUCAAACGCUUCGAUCCUAUGAUCUCAAGGGUCGUCAACGCGGUCGGGCUCGCGUCAAAGAGCGAGCUCAACAAACAGAUCCAACGGGCGUUGGAAGAUGAGGGUGUCUCAUCCAACUUGACCAUCCAUUCCCAGCUGUCCAUGGAGGAAAUUCAACAUCUAGGAGAACACAGAGUAUUCGAAGAUCAGCUCCUGGACGCUUUCAUUCUCUGGGCGUUGGUUCAGUACCCGAGCUUGAGUACCGACCGUCUGGCCACAUGCUUCAUACGCAAUCGAAACGGCCUGCAUGAGGCGCUCGGAAAUCUUACUGUAUUGGGCUGCCUGGAAAGAGUUGUGGGCACGGAGGCGCCAAUCAAAGUCACAUACAAGCUUACGGAACUUGGUCGGUGGACCUGCCGAUGGUCCGCCCUCACCGACUACGACGUCUCGUGCGCGAUCCUUCUUGGCUACUGCUCGGACGAGAGAAUAAGUCCUGUCUUGCGCCUUGCUAUCGUCCAAAUUGUGGCUAUUGUCCUGCGGUUCCAAGGCACCACUGCGUUCUUCAGGCUUCGCUGGGAGGCUGAGCUUACGAACGGAAUCCUGGCGGAAUGUCGAGAUGUCCCCGUCGAGGCAAUCCGUUCCAGUGCUAUUUGGAUGGCUUUGGCCAUUUACCGGCUUUAUUUGGGGUAUCCGAAGAUAAGUCAGCGGCAAGCGGACUCCGGAAAUCUGACCAUCGACUUGGCUCAAUGUACGAAUAUUCAUGUCACUGCCGAGUCCAUCCUUCUCAAGUUGAGAGAAGGGGGCCUAGAGCCAGAGAUCGACCCGGAACAGAGUCUCGACAUGGAUCUCAUGGGACAGCUUGAAUACUUGAUGGUCAAGGCCUGGUUGCACCGCGUCGUCUACUUGGACGGGCCUCGGUCAUGGAGCGUUCUGUCGAAAACGCCGCUGAUGUGCGACAAAGAUGAUGUGAUCUUGGACUGGGAUCGCAUGAAAGGAGGCUUCGGCCUCUUCUUCUUCACGGACAGGGAGGAGUCGAUCUAUAAGGGCCGUCUUCUAACGACGGUCCCAACGGCGACAGUCGUCGAAGCCUUUCAAGAGUUGGGAUUGAAGCCCAAUGGCCCGGUGCAAUUUGGUGAAAGGGUGUAA